AUGGCAACUGCAAAGAAGGAUGGCAAGAAGAAGGAACAUUCCACCAUCCACGAGGUGGUGAGCCAAGAAUACACCAUCAACAUUCACAAGCGCAUCCAUGGGGUGUUCUUCAAGAAGCCUGCUCCUCGGGCAAUCAAAGAAAUUCAGAAAUGUGCCGCGAAGGAGAUGGGGACUCCAGGUGUGCACUCCGAUACCAGGCUCAACAAAGCUAUCUGGGCCAAAAGAGUAAGGAACGCUCCACAUCGCAUCCGAGCACGUUUGUCCAGAAAACAUAAUGAAGAUGAGGAUUCACCAAACACACUCUACACAUUGGUAACUUAUGUGUCUGUUACCACAGUCAAAAAUCUACAGAUGGUUGACGUGGAUGAGAAGUAA